AUGCUACCGACGUCGACGAAUUCCGGCAUCGUGACCGACGAGGCGAGCGGCGAGCGCCACAUCCCAGAGUCUCUUCGCUCUGACGGAACUACUCGCAAAGCAAUCAAGAUUCGACCCGGCUAUCGACCCGCGGAAGACAUUGAACUAUACAAAGCCCGCAAUGUUGUCGCACAUCGCGAGCGCAUGCGCAUGGGUGUACCCGGGGCAGAGGCAGAGGCAUCCAAAGACGACGCGCCCCGGGCUUCGGGCGCCUCCAACACCGCUCAGGACCGCGAUAGAUCUACAUCCGGUUCCUGGAGACGUGUAGAGAAUAGCACGCCAGCCACGAUCACGCCCACCACAUCAGUCGCUGGCAAUAAGAACGCAAAGCGACGGGAGGCGCGCAAGAAGGCCAAGUCUACUGAUUUGGCUGACGCAACACCUCUGAAGGAAACCGAUGCUUCGCAAAAUUUGAAGCCGCCUAAGGCUGAAAAACUCGACCCCGAAGUCGAGCGCGAAAAGAAAGUCCGCAAUCUGAAGAAGAAGCUAAAACAGGCCAAGGACCUGAAGGCUAAGAAAGACGAGGGUCAGGGUCUACUGCCAGAGCAAAUUGCCAAGGUGAUAAAGAUAAACGAGCUGACACGGGAAUUGAACGCUUUGGGAUUCAACGACGAAGCUGACACAAAGAAGCCUGCUGCGCCGGGGUCUGAUAAGGCUUCUGCCUAG